CCCCAUAAAAGCGGCGGCCCCGGGAGCGGCGGCCCCGGGAGGAGGAUGCGGGCGGCGGCAGCGCUGGGCUGGCUGUGGGGCGCGCUGCUGGCCGCGGGGAGCAGCCCGCCCCGGCUCCGCCUGCCCUACAGCGAGCUCCUGGGUACGAACCGCUCCGUCCUUUUCUUUGGCCACCGGGGCUUCCUGGGCUUCCGCUCCCUCUACUUGGACGAGUACCGUGACCGGCUCUUCAUUGGGGGCAAGGAUGUGCUCUACUCCCUGCGCCUGGACAGGGCCGGUGCCGACACCAAGGAGAUCUACUGGCCGCCGCUGCCCGGACAGACGGAGGAGUGUUUUCGGAAGGGGAAGGACCCAGCAACCGACUGUGCCAACUACGUCCGCCUGCUGCAGCCCUACAACCGGACGCACCUGCUGGCCUGCGGGACAGGUGCCUGCCACCCCGUCUGCACCUUCAUCUACGUGGGGCACCGUGGCGAGACCCAGCACACCUUCAGCUUGGACCCCACCAGCAUGGAGAGCGGCCGUGGCAGGUGCCCGCAUGAGCCUGACCGUGCAUUCGCCAGCACCAUCAUCGGCGGGGAGCUCUAUGCUGGCCUCACUGCGGAUUUCCUCGGCCGUGAUCCUGGCAUCUUCCGCAGCACCGGGACCCGCGCCGCGCUGCGCACUGAGGUGGACCAGCGCCUGCUCAAUGACCCCAAAUUUGUGGCUGCCUACCUGAUCCCAGACAGCGAUGACCGGGACGAUGACAAAGCCUAUUUCUUCUUCACGGAGAAGGUGGUGGAGGCAGACAGCAAGGAGUACACCAUCGUCAGCCGGGUGGCACGAGUCUGCGUGAAUGAUGCUGGAGGCCAGAGGGUGCUGGUCAACAAGUGGAGUACCUUCAACAAAGCCCGCCUGGUGUGCUCUGUCCUGGGUCCUGGCGGCAUUGACACCCACUUUGACGAGCUGGAGGAUGUCUUUUUGCUGAGAACCAAGGAUGGGAAGAGCCCGGAGAUCUACGCGCUCUUCAGCACAGUCAGCCACAUCUUUCAGGGCUCUGCCGUCUGUGUCUACCGCAUGGCUGACAUCCGUGAGGUCUUCAACGGGCCCUUUGCCCACCGGGACAGCCCCCUCCACCAGUGGGGAGCCUACGAGGGCCGCGUGCCCUACCCGCGCCCGGGCGUGUGUCCCAGCAAGACCACUAACCAGCCCCGGCGGCCGUACAGCAGCACCAAGGAGCUGCCCGAUGAGGUGCUGCACUUUGCCCGCGCUCACCCCCUCAUGUACAAGGCCGUGCGCCCACGGCACCACCGCCCACUGCUGGUGAAGACUGACCUGCAGCACCGCCUGCGGCAGCUCGUGGUGGACCGUGUGGACACCGAGGACGGGCAGCAUGACGUCCUCUUCUUAGGGACAGAUGCAGGCUCGGUGCUGAAGGUGGUGGUGCUGCAGAAGCAGAGCUCAGCUGUGACGGAGGAAGUCAUCCUGGAGGAGCUGCAGGUUUUUAAGGUGCCGGUGCCCAUCACUCAGAUGGAGAUCUCUGUCAAGCGCCAAAAGCUUUAUGUGGGCGCCAGCCUGGGAGUGGCCCAGGUGCGGCUGCACCAGUGCAAGAGCUAUGGCACUGCCUGUGCCGAGUGCUGCCUGGCCAGGGACCCGUACUGUGCCUGGGACGGCACCGCCUGCACCCGCUUCGUGCCCAGCACCAAGAGGCGCUCCCGCCGGCAGGACGUCCGCAACGGGGACCCCAACCUGCUGUGCUCCGAAGGUGCGUGGGGCCGCGGGGCGCGGUGCCGCGCCCGCGGCGGGGAGACGACGGACGUGGGGUCUCGUCCCGCAGAGCCCCCGCGGGGCCGCGUGCCCCAGCGGCAGCUGUACGGGGUGGAGGGCAGCAGCGCUUUCCUGGAGUGCGUGCCCCGCUCCCCGCAGGCCAGCGUGCAGUGGUUUGUGCAGAGACCCCCAGAUGAGCAGAGGGACGAGGUAAAGACAGACGAGCGGGUCCUGCAGACGGAGCAAGGGCUGCUCUUCCGGCAGCUGCACCGCCAUGAUGCUGGGGUCUACUACUGCAAGACGCUGGAGCAUGGCUUUACCCAGACGGUGGCCAAGACAGCCCUGGAGGUGCUUGGGGGCGAGCAACUGGCCCGUGCCACACCCCGGCAACGGGAGGACAGGCACCCACCCUGUCCCGAGCCCUGGCUGGCAGCACCUGCAUCCAAAACCUGGUACAAGGACAUCCUGCACCUCGCCAGCUCAGCCGACCGGCAGCGGGUGGAGGAGCAGUGCCUGCGCCUGUGGUGCAGCCACCGCAAGGGCAAGAUGGCCAAGGGCAAGCACGCCCUGGCUGGCAUGGAUGUGGGCAAGAAGGGGCGCGUGGCCAAGCCACAGGGUGAGAGGAUCCGUGUGCCCCGGCAAGCUGCAGCCACUUAGGGCAGGGGACCUGUCCCUGGGCGGGCCUGCAGCUGCAUGAGGUCCUUCCGUCCCCAGGGCUGGCUCCUGGGCAGGCCCUGUCCCCCUCCAAAUGGGUGGUGCUGGGGGGACGCAAUGGCACCAGGCCCCUCACUCUUGCUGGGGGCUGCCAGGCACUGGGUAACGGUCACGGGAGUGGCAGAGACGCUGGGGAGCUUGCUGGCUUUCUCCACAAAUAAAGAGGCCGAGCGUGGCACCAGCCCCCUC